AUGCCGCUCCCCUGUCACUCCCCUGUCCUGGUGUCACUGCCCUGUCCUGGUGUCACUCCCCUGUCCUGGUGUCUCUCCCCUGCCCUGGUGUCACUCCCCAGCCCUGGUGUCACUCCCCUGUCACUCCCCUGUCCUGGUGUCACUGCCCUGUCCUGGUGUCACUCCCCUGUCCUUGUGUCACUCCCCUGGCACUCCCCUGUCCUGGUGGCACUCCCCUGUCACUCCCCUGUCCUGAUGCCGCUCCCCUGUCCUGGUUGUCACUCCCCUGUCCUGGUGUCACUCCCCUGGCAAUCCCCUGUCCUGGUUUCACCCCCCUGUCACUCCCCUGUCCUGGUGGCACUCCCCUGUCCUGGUGGCACUCCCCUGUCCUGGUGCCUCUCCCCUGUCCUGGUGCCGCUCCCCUGUCCUGGUGUCACUCCCCUGUCCUGGUGUCACUCCCCUGGCAAUCCCCUGUCCUGGUUUCACUCCCCUGUCACUCCCCUGUCCUGGUGUCACUCCCCUGUCCUGGUGGCACUCCCCUGUCCUGGUGCCUCUCCCCUGUCCUGGAGCCACUCCCCUGUCCUGGUGGCACUCCCCUGUCCUGGUGCCUCUCCCCUGUCCUGGUGCCUCUCCCCUGUCCUGGUGUCACUCCCCUGUCCUGGUGCCUCUCCCCUGUCCUGGUGCCACUCCCCUGUCCUGGUGGCACUCCCCUGUCCUGGUGUCACUCCCCUGUCCUGGUGGCACUCCCCUGCCACUCCCCUGUCCUGGUGUCACUCCCCUGUCCUGGUGGCACUCCCCUGUCCUGGUGGCACUCCCCUGUCCUGGUGCCUCUCCCCUGUCCUGGUGCCACUCCCCUGCCCUGGUGGCACACCCCUGUUCUGGUGGCACUCCCCUGCCACUCCCCUGUCCUCGUGUCACUCCCCUGUCCUGGUGCCUCUCCCCUACCACUCCACUGUGUCCACUUUCAACAUAUUCUGA